AUGAGGCUGCCAGGGCAGAUCAGGACUGCUGGGGACUUUGAGCACUGGGGUCCAAUCAUUGUCCCACUGCCUGGGGAGAUCUGUGUUCCCAGGUCACUGACUCACCCCCUCUCCUCCCCUCUCUCCUCUCCCUCUCCAGGCUCCCUGGUCCAGGCAUCAUCACUGAGUCAGCCAUCCUCCAUGUCAGCCAGCGUGGGAGUGACCAUCAAAAUCACCUGCUCUGGGAGUAGCUACAGCAACUAUGCCUGGUACCAGCAGAAGGUCCCUGGCAGUGCCCCUGUCACUGUGGUCUACUACAAUGACAAGAGACCCUCAGGCAUCCCUUUGUGAUUCUCCAGAUCCACAUCCGGGACCACUGCCACGUUAACCAUCACCGGGGUCCAAGCCGAGGAUGAGGCUGUCUAUUUCUGUGGUGGCAGGGACAGCAGUGGUGCUGGUUCCCUGGUCCAGGCAGCAGCAGUUACUCAGCCAUCCUGGAUGUCAGCAAACAUGCGAGCGACUCUUGGGAUCACCUGCUCUGGGGCUAGCAGCGGCUGGCAUGGCUGGUACCAGCAGAAGGUCCCUGGCAGUGCCCCUGUUACUGUGAUCUACUACAAUGACAAGAGACCCUCGGACAUCCCUUCGCGAUUCUCCGGAUCCAGCUUUCGUUUCUCGAACACGUUAACCAUCACUGUCCAAGCCGAGGAUGAGGCUGUCUAUUUCUGUGGUAGCUAUGAUGGCAGCAGUGAUGCUGCUACAGUUGCACAGUGGUUUGUUGAUGUGAUACAAAAACCUACCAUGGCAGAUUUCUGUGAGGAUUCCCUGCAUUCCAGUAUCAAGCAUCAGGAUAGAGCUGCCUGCCUUGCUGAACCUCUUUUCCUGUCUCCUUCUCCCCUGGUCCAGGCAGUAUUGCUGAGUCAGCCAUCCUUGGUGUCAGCUAACCUCAGAGAAACCACAAAGAUCCGUCUCUCUGGGCUUAGCGGUAGCGAGACUUAUGCUGGCUGGUCCAGUCAAAGAGUCCCUAGCAGUGCCUGUCACUAGAGCAACAUACCCUCGAGCAUCCCUUUGCAAUUUUCUUUGUCUGCCUUCACGGCCAAAGGAGCAGCAUGGAAAGGCAGAGGCAGGUCUGGGAAGGGUGGUGUGGAGAGGUCUGUGCAGAUGUGUGAGGCUGGCCAGGCUGGGUACUUGCCCUU